AUGUUCGGUUUGCGACGCAAAGCAUGUAAACAAACGUUGAAACCUAAAGAUCAUCAAACGAGCAACACGUAUCGUGAGGAUCAACAAAUUAUCAAUGAAACGGCACAUGCCGAUGGUAAACUUGAACCUUAUCAAAAUCAAAAAUACGUUAAAAGAAGUUUCGAACAUCGAACAUGUACUAGUUCGGGCAGUUACACGACCACUAAGAGUCGUUUGCCAGUUGAUGUGCACCGUGAUCAUGCACGAACUAUAGAGAUAAUGAUUAGAAUAGGAAUUAGUGUACGUAAAGCGGCUUCCAAUAAGUCUGAAAUAGACGGAUUUCUCUUCAGAUCCUUUCCUUCUUUGGCCUCAUAUUUAUCGUUGGAAAAAUCGACAGCGCACUGCGUACGAUGUCAUGUUUACCACAAAAUUCCCGCCAAAGAGUGGAAUGCGUUAAAAUAG